AUGCGAUUUCGCUCAAGCUUUGGGCGAAAUCCGCUUGAGUGGUUGCUGCCACGAGCAAGUCGGUCUAACGAAAGCGCCGACACCAACACCGACGCCGUCAAGACGACGACAGCGUGUGAAGAGUUGGACGCCGAGGGAGGCCAACUUGAGCUCGAGCGGCUCUUUCGGGUCGGCAUGACCGACUUUGCUCGACCGUCGUCUCGGUCAUGCGGCAUCGGGUCCACCCAAUCCGGCACUACCCUUUCCCACCCUCAGGCUACACCCUCACAGCCAAGUCCGGUCGACAUGAGACUCGCGUCUACGCUGUACACGAAAGCGGCGCUUUGGCAACUAACAGCCCCCAAAUCGGCCCACCCGAACACCGUUUUUGCGGACCGACGUCUGACGACGUUCAUCUCUUCUCCAUCUGCCUCGUCGCCGAAGCAGUCAAGCGGACGAAACAACUUGAGGGUCUGGGUUAGCCUAACAAACAACUUUACACACACACACACAUACAUUUAUGUAGACGAUUUGUGCAAAAUAAAAUUUCAUAAAUAUUUAUGUAUAAAUGUUAUAUAUAAAUUAUAUAUUAUUGUAUUGCAAAUUAUAAAAUGGAAUUAA